AGCCCUCCCAGAGACGCCCCGGGCCUCUGAGAGCGCGCGCUGCCCAUGGGCCUUCUGCCCCGCCCCUGUCAGGCUCUCCCCUGCGUCCCCGGCCCGGCCCUGGGCUGACCCGCGGGCGGCCCCUCAUGCCCACCCUGCCCCCGCACUGCCCCGCGGAGCUGGGCUCCGUCAGUGAGCGGGACAGCGCCCUGGCCCAGCUGCACCAGCUGGCCGUCGUGGGCGGGCCCUGCUGGCGGCUGGCCAGGGUCCUGAAGAAAGGGGUCCAGGUGGAUGGGGAAAACUCCCUGGGCCAGACCGGCCUCUUCCUGUCGGCGCUGCUGGGUCGCACGGGCGCCGUCCGACUUCUCCUCCGCUUUGGAGCGGACCCCAACCACCGCUGCCUGGAAGGAAGCACCCCGGUGCACGCGGGAGCUUUCUCGGGCCACUGCCAGGUCUUCCUCUGGCUGCUGGAGGCCGGGGGGGACCUGAGGCUGCAUGACCAGCAGGGCUGGACCGCCGCACCGGGGCGCAAGGAGGCUGGCCCGAGAGCCGGCGUGAGCGGGGCGGCGCGAUCAUGGGGUCCGGGGGGAGGCCCAGUGGGACCCUGGGUGGGGCUGGGCCCCAAGAGGUAUGAAGCUGUCCUGGAGCUGCUUCGGGAAUGCCGAGCCAGAAUGUCGCUGCUGGCCCAGGGGGGCGAGACGGCGCUGGCGUCGUCCCUGGGGGAGCUGUGGGGGCUGCGGGCCGGCUCUCUGGGAAACCUGCACCUGGCGCUGUCCUCCCAGCUCCUGCCUCAGGCCGAAGGGUCACUGUGGCCCAACCGGAUCCAGCGGUCGCCCCAGGUGCCGGGGCUGGGAUUUGGCCAGCUGAGCAGCCUGAGGCCUCUGGGCCUGACCUCUGGGGUUCCCCUGGUUGAUCCUGAGGAGCUGCUGCCAGCCCAGGGGGAGCCCGACCGGACCUAUGAGUGCGGCGCCGCCCACACCAUUAUGGUCAACCUCCUGUGGAGGGGACACCCAGUGACCGUUCGGAAAUUGAAGCCAGCCCCCGCCCGGGCCCUCCCGGACCUGCUGCUGUCUGACCUGAAGCACUGCAGCCUCCUCCAUCACCCCAACCUGCUGCUGCUCAUGGCCCUGAGCCCCUCCCCCGACCUGGCCGGCCUGUGCCUCCUGUUUGAGCCCAUCCAGGAGGGCUCCCUGCACCGCGUGCUGCACUGCCCAGGGGAUGCGGCAGGCCCCAGAAUCCCCCCUGGAUUCCCCCCAGGACAGCUGCUAUUACAGGUGCUAGAGGCCCUGCUCUUCCUCCAAGGCCAGGCCCGGGCCCACGGGGGCCUCAGCUCCCACGCCGUCCAGCUGGUUCGACCAGGGCUGGCCAAAGUCAGCAACCUGGAGCACGGGCGAUCCCUGCCCCGGCCCCAGCCCGAGCGAGCAGUUCCGUGGGGGGGCCCAAGGCCAGGGCCGCCUCCCCCCCCUGAGCUGUACCCCUGGCUGCCUCUGGAGCUGAUUCGGGGGGACUCGCCCACCCUGACGUCGGACUUGUACAGCUUCUGCAUCUUGACCCAAGAGGUCUUUACUGGGAGCCUUCCCUGGGCUGGGCAAGAAGGCCUGCAGGUCAAGGCGAAGCUGGAGUCCGGGGAGGGUCCGGCUCUUGCUCCCCAGGUUCCCCCGACCUACCAAGCCCUGGUCAAGGCGGGCCUGAGGGUGCGGCCCCGAGACCGGAAGGGCAGCCUGCAGGACGCCCGCUACAAGCUGAGGGUGGCCUUGGCUCAGGAGCCUGCGCUCAGAGAAGCCUCUGUGGGCACUGUGGGCAGCCCCUCCUUGGAGCUAAAGACCCCACCGCCAGCUCCCGGGAAGGAGGGCGACCUCUCGCCUUGCCCUCCACACGUGGAGCAGCUGCCGGAGCUAGAUCCCAAGGUCACCAGCACGCCCAGACCUCCGUCCCCCAAGAUGGCCCCCAAUCCCAACCCGUCGGAGACCUUGAAGUCCCCAGAGAGCGGCGGGGCCUGGGGAAUGCCGGCGCCCGGCCUUGGAUGAAGCAGCCUGCCCGGGCAGCAGAGGGGCCCCGCCCCCCGCCCCUUCGCCGACCCCCAACCGGCCCCUUCCCCCUUUCAGCAGAGGCCGGCCCUGCUGACCAGUCUGAGGGAGUCGGCCUCCCUGCUGGGCCAGGCCCAGGGCUCCCUGGAGAGACUGGAGAGGAGGUUCUCGGCCCGGAUCCGGGCCCUGCAGGAUCUGCUGGGAGAUGGCCCCGAGGCCUCGGCGGCCCCCUCCACCUGCCCCCCAAGUGGAACAGGGCCCCCCUCUCCCCGUCUUCAGUUUGGAGCCCGC